UAUGCAAAUCGAUGCAAGAAGAGUAUCUUACGAAAAAGUUGGCGGAGUCGCAGAAGGCCUAUGAAGCUAGUCAGCGUCAGCUUUUUAGUGAUGAACGGGAAAGCGUAGAUGGCAAAGCACAAGAUUUUGUGCCUCUUGGCGAGAUACCACGUCGAUAUCCGCUUUUGAGAACUAACUCUGCUCCAACUUUCAUGAGCGAGCGGGCUAGUAUGGAUGAAAAUCAUGAUGAUCGCACUUCGGACAUCCUGAGCAUUGAAUCAAGUCAACGAGGUAUCUCAAUUUAUUUUUUAUUAAAUUUCUAUAAUUUGCUUUUUGAAGCCCCGCUGAAACAUCGUGUGCCACAUGCAUUCGUCACAUUCGGAUACGGAGGAAAGAUGGUCACAGUUCAUCCGGAUCUGUCCGUAUCUGUUGUACAGAUAGACGACGUCAAGACAGCUCUUUCUGAUUCUCACACCACGCGUCUUAUCGAUGCUGCGCAGACAUUCAAAGGGCCUCUCCUCAUCGGCCAGACACCCACACAUUCGGUGCGACUCUACAUAGAGCGUCAAAUUAAGCGUAUCAAAAGCUGUGAAGUAGCUUCGGAGAAUCCUCGUGACAAUGAUGUCAUUGACUGUUUGCUUAUAUGGCAAUUGCUUGGCAUGAUCGUUCAGCAACAGGGGCGCGUCACCGGACCUGACAUAGCACGGCUUUUGGUGGAGAUUGGGUCAGUGCCACCUAGGGCCGUCCCACUGCAGCACCAUUCACAUCGUGACAAGAAUAAUACUCCUACGGAUGGUGCAUCUACAGCUGUUGCUACGCGUAAUGGAUCUUCUGAUACACGAGGAUACGAUCGCUUCACGGAUUUACUCCUUGGAGGUCAUGUUCAAGAAGCGAUCGAAAGUGCGAUUCGGGAUGGACUUUAUGCUGAUGCGAUGGUUGUGGCAAGACGUUUGUUGGCGCAUGAUCCAGCGAAACUGGUAGAAAUUGAAGAAAGAUUCUUAGCUACUAGGCCACAAUGCAAUCCUGUGGUCACACUUGUGUCUGUAGCCACUAAGAAACACGUCCCUAUUCUUAUGAACCCCACUGGUGACGAUUCUGGGUCUUGGCGUACGCAUGCUGCUAUCGUUCUUGCGAAUCUUUCUUCUCAGGAAGCCAUGGAAUCUGUAUGUGUUACUUAUUCUAGUGCUUUACCAUAUCCAUAUUGUUCAUUGCUGUUUAAGGUGUACGACCUCGGGAAAGUUCUGGCGAAGCGUGAUUACAAUAAUGCAGCAGAUUUCUGUUUCUUGGCUGUCGCUGUUUUAGCAGGAGUUAAUCCUUUCAAGACCCUUGAGGCGAAGUAAGU